AUGGCCAAGAGAGGAGCCCUGGCCGAGCUGCGAGCUCUGAGAGCCGCGGGCAAGACUCGCCUCGACAGCUACCAGGUCGAAGAGGAAAAGCAGCUCUAUGAGGAAGUCGACGAGGAGGGCUACAAGAAGGUUGUCCGCAGCCGUCUUGAUCAAGAUGAUUUCGUUGUCGACGACAAUGGCGAGGGUUAUGCCGACGACGGCAGAGAGGAUUGGGACACCGAACGCCUGCCCCAGUACGACAGCGAGAGCGAGGAAGAACGCCCGCUGAGGGGGAAAGCUGCCAAGAGGAAGCGGGAAGAGGACCGCGAAAGACAAGAGAAAGCAAAAAAUGGUAUCAACAAGUAUUUCAGCGCACAGGCUGCUACCGCUGCUUCCAAACCCAAGCCCGCGAAAACCGUUGAGGACGAGGCUUUCAUGGCCGAUCUUUUGGGCGAAGUCGAUGCCAACGUACCCAGCCGCCCGCGAAUGAAGCCCGUGAAGUCUGAGACUCGACGAAAGACUCGCCUUCUCUCCCCGCCCAUCGAAGAGCGCAAAUCCAAGCCCCGGCAGACCCAGGCUGAAGACUCCAACAUCAUGGCCGAUACCCCACCAACCAAAAGUAUAUUAGACGAAGACAACUACAUCCCGCCGGCAGACGAUGAUGUGAUGAUGAGCGACCCGCCACUACCGUCAUCCCCGGUGACGAAGGCUGUUGAGCGGAAGUUUUCUCAGGUCAACGUGAAAGCAGAGGAAGAAGACGAUGAUGAUCUCAUGGAGGUAGAGCAGGCUGUUGGCCAUGCCGGUAUUCGAACCGCAGGUGUCAACAUGGCCGGAAGCAGGCCUGCGCCGAAGAUCAAGAAGCAGGAUCCGUACUCUAUACCGUCUAGUCCACCCCAAUCACGACCAUCGCAAGACACUGAGCCCACUUGGAACAAUAUCGUCCAAGGGCAGAACGUUCAGAGCAGCCCUGCGGUUGAAAACUCGUAUACCAUGGGGAAACUCAGACCUGAAAGUGCUCUCGAAGAUGACGGUAGCCUCAAGUUCUUCUGGAUCGACUAUACCGAGGCCAGCGGCAAUCUCUUCCUAUUUGGAAAGGUCAAGGAUAAAACUACCGGGAAUUUUGUCAGUGCUUUUGCAAAGAUUGAUAACAUCCUCCGCAAAUUGUAUUUCCUGCCCCGAGAAUACCGCCAGAAGCACGGCCGGGAUACGGAAGAAGAGGUGGGCAUGGGUGAUGUCUAUCAAGAGGUGGACGGGCUGAUGUCUAGAUUCCAAGUGGACAUGCACAAGAUCAAGCCCUCCACUCGCAAAUACGCUUUCGAACUUCCCGGCAUCCCGAAGGAAGCAGAAUACCUCAAGCUUCUUUAUCCUUACACCAAGUCGGCACUUCCAACGGACUGCAAAGGAGAGACUUUCUCUCACGUAUUCGGAGCCAACACGUCCAUCUUCGAACAGUUCGUGCUAUGGAAGAACAUCAUGGGCCCAUGCUGGUUGAAGAUUGAGGGGGCAAACUUCAACGCGGUCAACAACGCCUCGUGGUGCAAGCUCGAAUUCCAAGUCGAGAAGCCGAGUGGCAUCACUACCCUAGGAGACGCCGACAACCUCGAGGCCCCUCCGCUUACGCUGAUGAGCAUCGCACUGAGGACAACUUUCAACGCCAAGGAUAACAAGCAGGAGAUUCUUGUCGCCAGUGCUAGGGUCUACGAGAAUGUUGCGUUGACAGAUACUACCCCUGCUGAAAAACUUCCUUGCAAGACGUUCACUGUCAUGCGUCCCAACGGCGACUCCUACCCAACUGGUUUCAAAUACGAGGCUGAGAAGCAUGCCGGUACCAUCAAGAUGGAGAGGAACGAGCAGGGUCUUCUCAGUAUAUUCAUGGCGAUUCUUGGCAAAAUGGACCCCGACGUCAUCAUGGGUCACCGUCUUGAGGAUGUCGACUACAGUAUUCUUCUCAACCGCCUGCGUGAGAAGAAGACCCCUGGCUGGCACAGGAUCGGCCGCUUGAGAAGAAGGGAGUGGCCCAAAAACCUCGGAAAAGGUAGCGGUAGCUUCUUUGCUGAAAGGCAGAUUGCGGCAGGUCGCCUCCUCUGUGAUCUGGCAAAUGAUCUCGGCAAGUCAUUGAUGACCAAGUGUCAGUCUUGGAGCUUGAACGAGAUGUGCGAGCUGGUCCUCGGUGAAGGCAAACUCCGUCAAGAUAUUGACAACGACACGGCACUAAAGACAUGGGCAACGAAGCGCGAAGGUCUGAUGAAUUAUCUCAGACAUUGUGAAGCCGACACCUUCUUCAUUGCGGCCAUUGCAUUGAAGGUUCAAAUGCUUCCUUUGACCAAGGUUCUCACCAAUCUUGCUGGCAACUCUUGGGGACGCACCUUAGGGGGUACUAGAGCCGAGCGGAACGAGUACAUUCUGCUUCACGAAUUCCACCGUAACAAGUACAUUUGUCCCGACAAGGUUUUUGGCAAGGGCAGCAAAAAGCCGAGUGAAGAGUCUGUGGAAGGGGAAGAGGGUGCCGAUGCCAAGAAGAAGGACAAGUACAAGGGUGGUCUCGUCUUCGAGCCCGAGAAGGGUCUCUACGACCGCUUCAUUCUUGUCAUGGACUUCAACUCUCUGUAUCCCAGCAUUAUCCAGGAAUUCAACAUCUGCUUCACCACUGUGGAGCGGUCCGACAUCAGCGAGGAGGACGAGAAGGUUCCCGAAGUUCCGGACGCAUCCCAAGACCAAGGCAUCCUUCCUCGACUCAUUGCCACACUCGUCAAUCGGAGAAGGGAAGUCAAGAAGCUAAUGAAGGAUCCCACGGCCUCUCGAGACGAACUCGCGACCUGGGACAUCAAGCAAAUGGCCUUGAAGCUCACUGCUAACUCCAUGUACGGUUGUCUUGGUUACACGAAAUCGCGAUUCUAUGCCCGUCCUCUUGCUAUGCUUACAACAUACAAAGGCCGUGAGAUUCUGCGCAGGACAAAGGAUCUGGCUGAGAGUAAGAUGCUUCGUGUCAUCUACGGUGAUACCGACUCCGUCAUGAUCAAUACCAACAUGGACAACAUGCAAGACGCGCUCAAGGUCGGGAACGAGUUCAAGAGAGACGUCAACGACAGCUACAAACUUCUUGAGAUUGAUAUCGAUAACGUGUUCCGCCGCCUGCUUCUCCAUGCCAAGAAGAAGUAUGCCGCUAUCAACAUGAUCGAGGUGGACGGCAAGUGGACGGAGAAGCUUGAGGUUAAGGGUCUUGAUAUGAGACGUAGGGAGUACUGUGCUCUGUCCAAGGAAACGUCGUCGAAGCUUCUCAACUUCCUGCUCUCUGGAGAAGAUCCCGAAGCUGUCGUCGAGAAGAUCCACGAGUACCUUCGGGAACUGGCGGCGAAGAUGCGCGAGUUUAAGAUCCCCGCUCAGAAGUACACCAUCUUCACCCAGCUCGGCAAAGACCCUAAAGAAUACCCCAAUGCGAACAGCAUGCCCUCUGUCCAGGUCGCGCUCCGCCUUAUGGCAAAAGGAAAGCACGUCAAAGCCAAAGAUGUCAUGUCCUUCGUCAUCACUGGCGAAAGUGGCGGAUCUGCCGAGACUGCUGCAAAGAAUGCCUAUACCCUUGAAGAUGUCCUGAAGCCUGAUUCUGGUCUCAAGCCUGACAUCGAUUACUACCUCCACAAGCAAAUCCUGCCUCCCGUCGAGCGUCUCUGUGCCCCCAUUGCAGGCACCAAUGUCACUCGUCUUGCGGAAUGCCUUGGUCUUGACACGUCCAAGUACCGCGUCAGCACCGUAUCUAGCAAUUCGCAAGAUGUCGAGAUCCACCCUCUGGAAUCGCAGAUACCAGAUGAGGUCCGCUUCAAGGAUUCGCUGCCUUUCACGCUUCGGUGCCCGUCAUGCAAACACCGAUCGACGUUCCGUGGGAUUGCUAAGACGCCAGAGGUAGUCUCACAUGAUGGCCUGGUUUGCACCAACACCUCUUGCGGUCGUCUCAUCUCAACGCUCUCCGUAUCUUCGCAGCUCGAAGCGCAGAUUCGCCAACACACGGCACGUUACUACGCCGGUUGGCUUGUUUGCGAUGACCCAGCCUGCGGUGCACGCACUCGCCAAAUGAGUGUAUACGGCCACCGGUGCCUGGGUCCUCAAGGGCGAGGUCUCGGCUGCGCCGGUCGUAUGGGCUACGAGUAUGGUGAUAAGGCCAUGUACAACCAGCUGCUGUACCUGCAGGGCUUGUUCGACGUUGACAAAACCAAGGCGACGAUAACGAAAGAGCGCAGCAUGGGCAAGGGGGUCAAUGGCGAAGUUGAGGAAAAGGUCACCAUCUUGGCAGAGGUUAACCGAGAGAGGUUCGAGACAUGGAGAGAUGUCGUCAAAUCGUAUCUGGACCGCAACGGUCGGCAGUGGGUACAAAUGGACAGUCUGUUUGCCUUUGCUCUCAAGGCAGCGUCGUCUUCGUAG